AUGCUUCCCAGACUAGCAUUGGCCCUUGUGGCGGGAACUACGUUUGCAAUCGCUGGGCCUUGUGAUAUCUAUUCGUCAGGAGGCACACCAUGUGUCGCGGCACACAGCACUACUCGAGCAUUAUACAAUGCCUUCACAGGCUCCUUAUACCAAAUCAAGCGCGGCUCUGACAAUACCACAACGAACGUCGCACCACUGUCCGCUGGUGGAGUUGCAAAUGCUGGCACCCAGGAUAAAUUCUGCUCUGGCACUACGUGUUUGAUCACAAUCAUUUACGACCAGUCUGGAAAGGGAAAUCAUCUUACUCAAGCCCCGCCAGGUGGCUUCAAAGGUCCAGAAUUGAACGGAUACGAUAACCUUGCUAGUGCGAUUGGAGCGCCUGUCACCUUGAAUGGACAGAAAGCGUAUGGCGUAUUUAUCUCCCCUGGGACUGGAUAUCGCAAUAACGUUGGGUCCGGUAUUGCAAGAAAAGAUGCCUCGGAGGGCAUGUAUGCAGUUUUUGACGGCACUCACUUCAACGACGGCUGCUGCUUCGACUACGGCAACGCCGAGACGAAUAACCUCGACACUGGCAAUGGACACAUGGAGGCCAUCUACUACGGCACGAACAGCUUCUGGGGUUCCGGUGCUGGGUCCGGUCCUUGGAUCAUGGCUGAUCUAGAAAAUGGCCUUUUCUCUGGGUACAAUGUCAAGAACAACGCUGCAGACCCAACCAUCAACUACCGCUUCGUCACUGCUACUCUCAAAGGUCAAGCAAAUAACUGGGCCAUCCGCGGCGCAAACGCCGCAUCCGCAACCUCCCUCUCCACAUACUACACCGGCCAACGACCCAAUGCCUCCGGCUACAACCCCAUGAGUAAAGAAGGCGCCGUCCUUCUCGGCAUCGGCGGCGACAACUCUAUCAGCGGCCAAGGUACCUUCUACGAAGGCGUCAUGACCUCCGGCUUCCCCUCCGAUGCCACCGAAAAUGCCGUCCAGGCCAACAUAGCCGCCGCAAAAUACGCAACCACCCCCCUCUCCACCGGCUCCGCGCUCACUGCAGGCUCCAGCAUCAGUCUGCGCGCCACAACCCCGGGCUACACCACCUCAUCACUCACACACGCUGGCGCCUCUGUCAGCAUCGCGGCCGUGUCGAGUACAUCCAGCAGCGCGGCAAAGCUAGCCGCCUCGUGGACGGUGCGCGCGGGCCUGGCGGAUAGUGCGUGCUACUCGUUCGAGGCGCGCGAUGCGCCAGGCUCGUAUUUGCGACACAAUGCAUUUGUGCUGUAUGUGAAUGCGAAUGAUGGCUCGAAGCUGUUCCAUGAGGACGCGACGUUUUGCACCAUGGCCGGGCUAGAUGGGCAGGGGAGCUCGUUGCGUAGCUACAAUUAUCCGACGCGGUUUGUGAGGCAUUAUGAGACGGUGGGAUAUCUGGGGAGUAACGGCGGUGUGCAUGCAUUUGAUGCAGCGACGAGUUUCAAUGAUGAUGUGAGUUUUGUGGUUGGGGGUGCUUUCGCGUAAAGGGGUCGGGAGUGAGUUUGUUGGAAGGAGAGUGUGGAAAGGGAAUGGGUAUGUGUUGUAUUGGAUGGAAUCUAGUAUGGCCAUGAGUUCCAUUUCCGGAUAGUGAGACAACUUCCC